AUGAAGUCCCACGACGACCCGCCUCGUAAAAGGCGUUGCGGUAAAGAGCGUGUACGUGUUACUCGUGCUUGCGACGCUUGCAAACGGAAGAAGUUACGGUGCUCAGGCACUCUUCCCUGUUCUCUCUGUCAGCGUACUGGCAGAUCGUGUGACUACACAGCCGAAUAUAACCGGGGGAAACUCCCCCCAAUUCCCUCGCGUGAACAGCCCACCACUCCUCCAAGAACCGAGACCACCACCGACUGCACCCUCGAGUCUCCAGCCUCAUCCUUGAGAGAGGAUGGCUUCGUUAAUGGUGCAGCCUCCCGCAACUCGCCUGAGGCCCAUCAGACCGAUAUGGAGGGUCAUUACGUCGGCCCUUCGUCGGGGGUCUCAUUCCUGAUCCGAGCCCAGAGGAGACUGCACGAGCAAAUCUCCCUCCCCAUCAAUGCCCCAAUUUUCAGCUUUGGGGAUGCCCCCUUGUCGAAUAUGGACCCGGCUUUUCUUCUUCUCCCGCCUCGCUCCGAUGCAGACGUUUUGGUUGCUCGUUACUUUGACUUUGCCUUUCCAACCCAUCGUUUUCUCCAUCAGUCGCAGGUCGAGUGUUGGAUUUCCGAGUUCUAUGGCCCACUGCAGGACUCAGCUGUUGCUGGGCCCGACAAGCGCUCAAUUCGCGCAUUGGUCCUGAUGGUCUUAGCCCACGCGAAACAAUGUUUAGCUGAGUCGGAUCAAGGCAUCGGAGCGUCGGUCAAUGGCACACUCUACUUAGCGGCAGCCGAGCACCAUCUGGCGGCAGAGACAGGUCCAGUGCGCCUGACGAGCGUGCAGGCCCGCUUGGCCCAGUGCUUCUACCUCUUGUCACAGUCUCGCAUCAAUCAUUGCUGGAGCUUGUUCGGUACGACCGCCCGGCUGGCCAUUGCUAUCGGCCUUCAUCGUGCUCGUAGGAGAGACCGGAGUUCCAGCUUUGAUUACGUGGAUGGAGAGUGUCGGAAACGCGUCUUCUGGUGUGCUUAUAGUCUUGACAAUUACCUGAGCGCCGCUUUGGGCCGGCCGCGCAUCUUCCACGACGACGACAUCGACCAGGAACUCCCCACGGUCGCAAAUGACGCCCAAAUCAAAUCCGACCAGAUCCUUCCGGCAGCAACAUCUGCGCAGAGCAUAAUGCUCGCCCCCGUUUACCAUGCUAAACUGUCGGUCAUCAUUGGUGGUAUCCUACAUGAUGUGUACGGGGCCCGGCGGGCCAGUGGGCAAGUGGAAGUUGCUGCUGCUGCCAAGUACGGGGCUGGCUUGUCUCGCUGGCGUCAGGAGCUAUCAAGUUUCCUCGAUCUACCGAGCGUCGAUCUGCUGAUGCUGACGUAUCAACGCCAGUAUACGGUGCUUAAUCUCGCCUUUUAUCAUGCUCAGAUUCUGCUAUACCGACCGUUCAUCCUGAAAGACUUUGGACUUUCUAUCGCCACCCCGCGUUCGCAGAGUGACAGGGCAGUUGUUGAGUCAACGAGAAAGUACACUGAGCUGUGUCUCGAAGCAGCCAUGAAAAUUGCCGCUAUCGUCCGCGAGCUAUGCAAUCGGCGAAGAAUGUAUUCCACCUUCUGGUUUACGCACUACUACGCCUUUUCGGCGAUUGUAGUUCUAUAUGUCCGUGUGGUCCAGGGCUCUACGCUAGUGAACCGGUCGGACCAACUGCGCAGCUAUCUUCGGAUCGCAGAGCAAGCCCAGCGAGAUCUCGCCCUCUGUGGGCCGCGUUCCUCGUUCGCACAGCGCUACGUGGUAGUCCUGGAGGAGCUUCGGAAAGAAGCUCGAGCUGCUAUCAACCGGACUCGGCCAAGUGUCGUGACAAGUGAGGCACCACUCCCGUCAAGUCUCCGCUCUCCAUCACAGCAGGGACUCGCCAGUACCGAACCAAGGCACAUCGCAAAGCCAGGAGUGAGCCAUAGCAUGUUCGAUAUACAGACUAUGCAGGUAAGCAUGAGAGCUUCGGAGCAUCAGUGGAUGGACCCGACCUCUGCGCAAUUACACCCGCAACCCUCCCAGGGAAACCCUGUAAGCGAUGGAUUGGCCGAGACGGGCAUGAUGGAUGUCUCCGAUUGGGGCGCUGUGGACUCGCUGGCAGCCGCUGGACUCGGAGAACUGGACUAUCUCUUUCCUUUUGAAGGCUUUCAAGGUGCAUAA